UAUAGUUGACUAUGAGGCCAGUUUUGACAUCCAAGUCAGUAUCAAACGUAUUGUUUUGCCUUUGUCAUAUUAUAACUGAUCACGAGGGUUUUUUUACUGUAUAACACACAUUCCUCAUAUUCAGUACAUAUCUAGUUUAGUCCUAUGUCACUAGUAUUGUAUUCUGCUUUUCUACUGCUUUUUUAUUCUUAAAAUUAACCUCAGGUAUUCAUGCUGACCUAUAGAAGUUAAUGUUUGCAUCCUGUCUAUAUCUGAGUCUAGAAGAGUUUAAUGAACUGUUGAUGGUUGCCCUGUCAACUCAUUUAACUCUUGGACCGUAGUUCUUUCUAGGUUGAUCUCUUAUAAUCUAUUAGCUAUUAUGUUCUUCUUUGAACUAAAUUCUCUGAUGGAUAAAGGACUUUAAUAUUCUCUGUUUUUUUAAGUCAUUUUUUCCAAAAGCGUGAUCAAAUUCCUGAAUUCAAGAUCUCAUGGAUCCAUUAAGAGGAAGAUGCACCUUUACAACUGUCAUUCAGUCAUAGUAUAUACUACUAAUUCAACUCAAUGUGGUUGAAAAAAGCCUUCUCUAAAUAAUUUUGAUUUCCUGCUUUAGGAUUCCUGAAAUCAUGGAUCACCUACCUGUGCUUUGAGACAUGUUUUAAUUUUUUUUUUUUUUUUGGAAGCCCUGCAACUUCCCUAAAAAUUGAAUGAAUUAUAGGACAGACCUAUGGUGAAGCUACUUCCAGUCAUUUGGAAAGGAUGGGAUGAAAAGGAACCUUGGUGAUAAUUUUGAUGUCUGCAAGAUUUAGUACCAGUGUAAUGGGAUUAUCGGUAACACCUUCACUGCAGAAAAAGCCACCUGGUGCUAUAACUGGCAGCAACUGAGAACUAAUCCUUUCCCAUCUCUUGGAUGUCAUUCAUGAAGCUCAAAGCUAUUUCUACCCUGCUAACUGUGAUUAAUUUUAUAAACAACAACAACAACAAAAAAUCAGGCCAAUGGUGGCAGAGUCUACAUAGAACUAUGCUUCGUGGUGUUCUGGGGAAAACCUUUCGACUUGUUGGCUAUACUAUUCAGUAUGGCUGUAUAGCUCAUUGUGCUUUUGAAUACGUUGGUGGUGUUGUCAUGUGUUCUGGACCAUCAAUGGAGCCUACAAUUCAAAAUUCAGAUAUUGUCUUUGCAGAAAAUCUUAGUCGACAUUUUUAUGGUAUCCAAAGAGGUGACAUUGUGAUUGCAAAAAGCCCAAGUGAUCCAAAAUCAAAUAUUUGUAAAAGAGUAAUUGGUUUGGAAGGAGACAAAAUCCUCACCACUAGUCCAUCAGAUUUCUUUAAAAGCCAUAGUUAUGUGCCAAUGGGUCAUGUUUGGUUAGAAGGUGAUAAUCUACAGAAUUCUACAGAUUCCAGAUACUAUGGACCUAUUCCAUAUGGACUAAUAAGAGGACGAAUCUUCUUUAAGAUUUGGCCUCUGAGUGAUUUUGGAUUUUUACGUGCCAGCCCUAAUGGCUACAGAUUUUCUGAUGAUUAGUAAUCAUUUAUUCUUUUGACUUGAUUAUUGUCUCCUUUUCAUGUGAAUUUAUUACUCCCGUUGAAACCAUGUACUAAUAAACUAUUUGCUAUUCA